UUUAUGCCGCCAUUACAUGAACCCUCUGCUGUAGCGACUCUCAUUCAAAUAUGCAGCUCCAUAACCUCGAUAAAAGGAGCGCGUCAAAUUCACGCUCUCAUCCUUACUACUGCCACACCUGCCAACGUCCAAUCUCCAUAUCCACUUAACAAUGUAAUCUCAAUGUACUUGCGAUGCGGCUCAUUCAGAGACGCCCAACGAGUGUUCGAUGGAAUGCCGAAGAGAAGUCCGGUUUCAUAUAAUGCCCUCAUUGCAGCCUAUUCUCGUGAUCCUAAUUGUGGAAAUAUGGCCGUCAAAUUGAUGUCCCGAAUGGAAUAUGAAUGCAUCAGGCCUAAUGGCUCGACUUUCACGAGCCUGGUGCAGGCGGCUUCGUCGCUUGAGGAUCGGUUGAUGGGUUCAUUGCUUCAUACCCAAGUAAUAAAACACGGAUUUUUUAAUAAUAUUUGUGUUCAAACAUCUUUACUUGGGAUGUACUCGAGUUGUAGAGAUUUGGAAUCUGCCCAGAGAAUUUUCGCUUGCAUAAAUGACAAAGAUGCCACUGCUUGGAAUAGUAUAAUUUUUGGGAACUUGAAGAAUGAUAUGAUAAAUGAAGGGCUUUAUCUAUAUGGUGCAAUGGUGAGGUCGGGUGUAACUCCUAACCAAUUCACGUAUUCAAUGAUUUUAAAUGCUUGUAGCAGAGUUGGAGACUAUAGUUUUGGAAAAAUUAUUCACGGCCGAGUGAUCACUUCAAACAUAAAUGCUGAUUUGCCUAUACAAAAUGCCUUGCUUGACAUGUACUUUAAUUGUGGUGCCACCCAUACAGCAUUCAGUGUUUUUAGUCGCAGUGAAAAUGUUGACUUAGUUUCAUGGAACUCAAUGAUUGCUGGGUAUUUGGAAAAUGGAGAUGGGGAAAAGGCAAUGGAUAUGUUUGUUCAGCUGCUGAGACUGUCAUUCCCUGAACCCGAUGAAUAUAGUUUUGCAGCCAUCAUAUCUGCAACUUGUGCUUUCCCAGCUUCUUAUUAUGGGAAACCUCUGCAUGCUUUGGUCUCAAAAGCAGGAUAUGAUAGGAGCAUUUUUGUAGGAACUGCACUAUUGUCUAUGUAUUUCAAAAAUGCUGAAGCCAAAUAUUCUGAUAAGAUAUUUAAGUUGAUUUCAGAAAAGGAUGUAAUUCUCUGGACAGAGAUGAUCAUUGGUCAUUCGAGAAUGGGCGAUGAAGAAUGUGCAAUUAAAUAUUUCUGUGAAAUGCGUCAAGAAGGCCACAGGAGCGAUAGCUUUGCUCUUAGUGGAGUUUUAAGUGCAUGUGCUGACCUUGCAAAUUUGAAGCAAGGUGAGAUGAUUCAUUCCCAGGUUAUGAAAACAGGAUAUGAUGUUAAGAUGUCUGUUUGUGGAAGUCUGGUGGAUAUGUACGCCAAAAAUGGGGAUAUUCAAGCUGCUCAAUCAAUAUUUGAUCAAGUUCAGGAUCCCGAUUUGAAGUGCUGGAAUGCAAUGCUUGGUGGAUAUAGUCAGUUUGGAAUGGCAGAGGAGGCAUUAAAUUUCUUUGAGGCAAUUCUAAGACGAGGCCUAAGGCCGGAUCAAGUAACAUUUUUGUCUCUGCUGUCUGCUUGUGCCCACAGUGGGUUUGUCGAGAGAGGGAAGGUCUUAUGGAAUCAUAUGAAGGAAUAUGGCAUAAUUCCAGGGCCAAAACAUUACUCUUGCAUGGUAAGUUUGUUAAGUCGAGCAGGAUUGCAAAAUGAGGCAGAAGUUUUGAUUAUUGACGCCCCUAAUAACAAAAACCGUCUAGAAAUGUGGAGAACUUUGCUAAGCUCAUGUGUCAUUAAUAGAAAUUUCAUCAAAGGAAUUCAUGCAGCAGAGCAAGUUUUAGGAUUGGAUCCUGAGGAUAGUGCUACUUGUAUCUUGCUUUCCAAUCUUUAUGCUGCUGCUGGAAGAUGGGAGGGUGUCGCAGAAAUGAGGAGAAAGAUAAGAGGCUUGGUGCUGGAAAAGGAUCCAGGUCUGAGCUGGAUUGAGGCUAGAAGCGAUGUUCAUGUAUUCUCUUCUGGUGAUCAAUCACACCCCAGGGUCGGUGAAACUCAAGCUGAACUACAUAGGCUACGAGGGAACAUGCAAAAAUCAGUCGUAGAUGAAAUCGAUGCAAGCUAUUGUUGACAUGGUAUAUCAAGAAGGGGUAAAUUAUAGAUUUGAGCAAUGAAUUCAAACCAAAUUAUACCACAAAUUCUAAUUAUAGAUUCGAGUCAUAAAUUCAAACCAAAGCAAGA